AUGGACAAAUUCCUGGUGAAGAAGGCUCCCAGGAACCGUUUGGGACAGGGUGAGGAGAAGAGCUUGGGGGAAGGACAAGAUCAGGCAGGUGAAGACCCAGCUCAGUUGGGAGGAGAGGAGAGAAGCCUAAGGAAAAGGCCCAGAAGAGACUUGGUGGAGGAUGGAACGGACUCGGCAGGCCCCCGCUGGCAGCACAUUCGGGCUGAGGGCCUGGACUGUGACUACACAGUCCUGUAUGACAGAGCUGAGGCAGAUGAGAUUUUCCGAGAGCUGGAGAAAGAAGUAGAAUAUUUUACAGGGGCGCUGGCCAGGGUGCAGGUGUUCGGGAAGUGGCAUGAUGUACCAAGGAAGCAAGCAACUUACGGUGACGCCGGGGUGACCUACACGUUUUCAGGCCUCACUCUGUCUCCGAAGCCCUGGAUCCCGGUCCUCGAGCGCAUCCGGGAGCGCGUUUCCCAGGUGACUGGACAGAUCUUCAACUUUGUGCUCGUCAACAGGUAUCGAGACGGUUGUGACCACAUCGGAGAACACCGAGAUGAUGAGCGGGAACUGGCUCCCAGGAGCCCCAUCGCUUCCGUCUCCUUCGGAGCCUGCAGGGAUUUCUUCUUCCGGCAUAAGGACUCUCGGGGGAAGAGCCCAUCUCGGCGGAUGGACGUGCUGCGGCUCCAGCUGGCCCACGGAAGUUUACUGCUGAUGAAACCUCCAACCAACACCCACUGGUAUCAUAGUCUUCCUGUCCGGAAGAAGGUGCUGGCUCCACGGGUCAAUCUGACAUUUCGUAAAGUUCUGCCUUCUAAAACAUAA